GGGGAAAGGAGAGAGAUAUAUAAGGAUAGACGUUAGGGCAUCCGAACUGGGCAGUGAAGUGCACAAUGCAGCUAUGAUUGGUGGUGACGGGGGUGUUCCAUGAACAGGGCGGCGACAUUGGCCACGGACCCCCGACUAGGGACUCAGCAUCCAAGGUGCCCGCAAGCCAGGAACAACGCGCGUGCUCCCACUGCAACCGUCCGUGCCACUCAGCACGCCGCCGCUGCGCUGGCCAAAACCGUGGCGUUGAAGAUGCAACACCCCGCUCUUCACACAGCUCGUAUCGCGAAAACGCGGAUGCCACAGUCACGCCGACGGCCGGCGCGUGGACAUCUCGCAACCACCAGCUCUACGCUGCUAUCGAAGUCCAUGUUGACCUCCUCGAUUCGGCUUCGUCCCGCCCGGCGGCAGAUCACCCCGUCUGAUACCCUGGCGUUAGUGCGAGACUUUGGCACUAAGACAAACGGCUGUCACCUUGGAGCCCAUGUUUUGUGCAACCUCGCAUCUCGCAAAGGCGCCGCUGGGCCCACACCCAAGCAGCAGCUGCAGGGAGCCAUGAUGGCGAAAAUUGCCUUUGAGACUUCGAGGAAUGGUGCCGUGUGGGGAUUCCGGUCUUGGGGACGUUACGGUCCUCUCUCCGCCGACGGAGUGGAAGCUAGCUAGCUGUGACGUUCGUGCAGCAACUUGCAUUCUGCUGACGCUCUGCAAUGCUCCCUUCCGUGGUGUUAUUUGCUCCCAGUGCUACAUAACGCACGGGAUCACCCUGGCUACAUGCAGGCGCAGAGUGAGAUGGGAUAGAGAUCGCUG